AUGGAAGCUAGCGAGUUUGAUCGUAACAUCCAUGGAGACAAGUACUCUAUUAUCCUUCCAACUUACCAAGAGAGGGAUAACUUACCAAUAAUCACCUGGAUGAUCCUGGACAUGGCUGAUAGAAAUAACCUAGAUGUUGAGAUUAUUGUGGUUGAAGAUAAUAGUCCAGAUGGAACAGGACUUGUCGCAGAUGAACUCCAAAGGAUCUAUGGGGAGAAAAGAAUCCAGGUACUCAAGAGAGCAGGAAAAUUAGGACUCGGAUCAGCUUAUAUGGACGGAAUUAAGAAAUGCAAUGGAAAUUUUGUUAUUCUCAUGGAUGCAGACUUUUCACAUCAUCCUAAGUUCAUACCACAAUUUAUUGAGGUUCAGAAGAGAACUGACUGUGAUGUAGUCACUGGAACUAGAUACAGAAAAGGAGGUGGCGUUUAUGGAUGGGAUUUGUACAGAAAGCUGACGUCUAGAGUUGCUAAUUUUAUUGCAUCCUUCCUGCUAAACCCUAAAAAUGCUUCAGACCUGACAGGAAGUUUUAGACUUUACAAGAAACACGUGCUUGAGGAUAUUAUGAGCCAAGUGAAAUCAAGAGGAUACGUGUUCCAAAUGGAAGUAAUUGUGAGGGCUGAAAAGAAUGGAUACUCUAUAAAUGAAGUCCCAAUCACAUUUGUAGAUAGAGUCUACGGAGAGUCCAAACUAGGAGCAAAUGAAAUCAUUUCAUACCUCAAGGGAUUACUAGGAUUAGCUAAGGAUUUAUAG